CUUGUGACACUGUCAAUGUAUACUAAAACAGCGUGGUUAUUCACUUGCAUUCAAAUUGAAAAUAUUUCAAUUUUAGUUUACUUUGAAUUAAAGAAACAAAAUAGUUGUUUUCGAAAUGGAAGUGGACAAGGAAAAGCCAAGGAUUUAUUUAACCGAAUAUAAAGUGAAACAAGAUGCUCACGAUUACGGCAUGGCUGACGAUCUAUGGAGUUUUGAGGAUUUCAAGCGAAAAUUUCGUAUUGUUGUUGUACGACAGGCAUACAAUGAACUUGGCACAGAGCCAUUGCUUGAAUUUGAUUUGAUUGGAUGUUUGCCGAGCAUUGCGAAUGCUUUUCGUCGAUUGAUGUUGAGUGAAGUGCCGAGCAUGGCAAUUGAAAAAGUUUAUAUGUACAACAACACGUCAAUCAUUCAAGAUGAAGUAUUGGCCCAUCGAUUGGGAUUGAUACCGCUGAAAGCCAAUCCACAGCACUUUGAAUACAAAUCGGAAGACGCCAGUGACGAUGGCACCGAUCAAGACACAUUGGAAUAUAAGUUGAAAGUGAAAUGCACUCGCCGUAAAGAUGCAAAAGACACCUCACUACCCGACAAUUUGUACGAGAAUGAAAAAGUUUAUUCCGGCAUGAUCAAGUGGGUGCCAAAAGGUAAACAAGGCACCAUGUUCCGUGAAAGUGACGUUGGCCCAGUGCACGACAAAAUUUUGAUCAGUAAAAUGCGACCCGGACAUGAAUUGGAUAUUAAAUUACUGGCGGUGAAAGGAAUCGGAAAGGAUCAUGCAAAAUUUUCACCCGUGUCAACAGCCACUUAUCGUCUAUUGCCCGAAAUCACAAUGAAACAAACGGUCACCGGUGAAGAUGCAAAAAUAUUGCAAUCAUGCUUCAGUCCGGGCGUUAUUGAAAUCAACGAAAAUGGACAAGCUUAUGUUAAAGAAGCAAGAUACGAUUCAUGCAGCCGCAAUGUUUACCGCUAUCCACAUUUGGCCAACACCGUUGACAUCGCACGUAUUCGGAACCAUUUCAUUUUUACCGUUGAAUCCGUCGGCGCCUAUCCACCGCACGAUAUUUUCAUUGAAGCUGUUAAAAUUUUGAAGAAGAAAUGCCGACAGUUGAUCAACGAAUUGGACGGAACCGAUCAACAAUAAAUUUACUCUAGGAAUACCAUUCAAAUAAAAUACUUUUGAAAAAUCUUUUUAAUAAAAUGAAGUCAAAGAAAUCAUAAA